UAUAUAUAUAGAGAGAAGGGGAAACCCGACUCGGCACUCCAAAGUACACAGCCUCCGCGUUUGCAGUGGUGUGCUUUCGGUUCCCUCUACACACGAUAUUCAUUCUUCGCGGCUUCGCGCCCGUGGUAACAGUCGGCCAUCCACGUUUCCACGUUGCACGAGGGCAGCUUCCGGAAUCAAUUUUCUUUUCGUCAAUCGACACGGCCACUCGAACCAGCUACAAUCAUGAAGCUCGCUCUACUCGCAUUUAUAGCGAUCAGCUGUCUGAUAGCCGUGGUCAGAUCGGCAGAGGAGGAGUACGAUUACGAGGAGGAGCCAGCGGCAGCCCCUGUCACCCCAGCCCCGGCCAGAUCCGGUUCAGGUAGAUUGGGCGGGUUGCUGUCCUCCAGGGGCCGCGUGAGCGUCGGUAGGAAGUCGGCCGCGCCAGCCGCGCAAUCGACCACGGCGAAGGCGAUCGAGCAACCGGCCGCCGAGGCGGAGGAGGAGGAGGAGGAGGAGCUGGAGGAUAACCAAGAACAAGAAGAGGCGCCGACCACGACCACCGAGUCGUCGAAGAAAGUUCGCGGUGGUGUCAGACCGUUCAGGUCGAAUCAAGAUCUGUUGGACGCGUUGAAGAGAAGAAGAGCACAAGCGGGACCCACCACCUCUCAUCGGGACACGUCUGCCACUCAAAGCGCCACCGAAUCGACGACACCCAAGUCCAAAGCAACCACGCACAGCCGCAACAAAAGCAACGGCGCCACUAGCGAGACGAAAUCGACGGGGCGCGGCAGGUUCGGCGGGGCGAGGGGAGGCAAGCCUUUGCAGGAGGAGGUGGAAGAGACUCAGCGGGAAGAGGUUCAAGUGAAACCGAAACCGUAUCGCAGAGGUUAAGUGGAGAAUCGAGCGGAUUUUUUCCAGCUUUCGUUCGACGGGACGAGUUAAAAAUUUUUAUAAAAUUAAAGUCUAAAAAUCGCAGCGGUUCGAUUCCACCGUUCCAUUCGUGGAAAAAAGAAACGAUGAAAAUUCAUUUCCUUGGCAACGUGUAUGCAAAAUUCGUCCUCUCUCUCUCUCUCCUCUUCUUUUCUCUCUCUCUCUUGUAUAUCGAAUCUCCUAGCGUUUAAAAAAAGAAAAAAUUGAAACACGACGAGAAGAGUGUGACAAAUGCGUGGACAAACCUGUAACUCUAUCAGUUUUGUAAUAUCUAUAUGUUUGCGCAUUAAUGGAGAAAGUACAUUCGAAAUGACAUGUGUGUAUAUAUAUAUAGAGGAAGGCUGCCAUUCACCGAAUACUCAAGGUACUUACUGUAUAAAUGUAAAUUAAUACAAUAAAAAUUCUAAAAAACACA